GUAUGGUUUAGGGGCGGUGUUAAAAUUGUCGAAGGGGGAGUUUCGUCGAUGGGUGUCUAGGGCACGCGAGUAUGAGGGGAUGGAGAGGGAAGGAGCUCUCGAGUUUGGGUUCGAUCGCGGCGAGGAGCAUCUUUGUGCGGAGUAUUUGUAACAAGCUAUUUGUGGGAGGGCUCUCUUAUGAUACCAAUGAAGCUGCUUUGAAAGAUGCUUUCUCCCAGCAUGGUGAUAUCAUAGAAGUGAGAGUAAUAUGUCAUCCGACCACGGGGAAAUCAAAGGGAUUUGGGUUUGUUGAAUUUUCUUCUGAAAGUGUAGCAACAGCAGCCCUGCAGAAGAUGGAUGGUCAGUUGCUUGAUGGGAGAAAGAUUCGCGUUCAUUACGCCGACAAAGGAUGAAAAACUGUUUUAGAUUGCUAGUAGCUGCUCUGAUGUUUGAGCAUCGCAUUCACCAUUGCAUUCCCGUGAGCAAUUCUUCGUUUUAUCCACAGGAGCUGAUAAAAUUCUAAGGUGUUUGAGCAGUUGUUCCAUCAUGCUAUUUGUUUGGAAAAUUUACUUGCUAGAACUGGUCCACCGAUAUAAGUAGGUUGGAAUUAGGGUUGUAGUUGGCCAACCGGAGAAGCCGCCAAAAAUUUUAACUAAUGACAAACUUUUGAAUGGUUAAAGGACUUGUAAGAGCUUGUUUGUGUGAUUAUGAGCUAACUACAUAAGCAAGUUCGGAUGAUUUUUAAUAAGCAAUAUAAUGUUGUUAUUCA